GGAUGCUGGGUCACCAGUGGGUCCAAGACUGGCGAACCGGGGAGGAAGGCUUGGUGGAGGGAGAUGAGGGAGCGGGGUGGGAGUCCCACCGCAGCCUCGGCUCGUUCUGCGGAGCGGAGGAGGAGCUCCUGCCUCUCUCGCCCCACGUGCCCCGUCCGUCUGCCCGCCUUUACAGUCCGCCUAUUUACUAGCUGCUUGGCUGUCAUGCCUUCGUGCUGCACUGUUUCCACGUGUAGCCUGGAAAGCCUUCCUGUGGUCUUUGUUUUCCUACAAUCCCUAGGGUUCCGAGGACUGCUGAGUUCUAUCUGCCAUUAGAAACACCUCCACCGGGCAGAUGCCAACCUGUGACUGGGUGUUUACUCUCUUUCCUUGUCAGCAUUACUUAAGCUGUAUUCUCCCUAUCCCCUCUGCUCUGUGCCGGGGCUUUCCCCUCCCACAAAGUGCCCGUUUUGACUGUACUUGCACGUGGUAUUUCUGCCCCCUUCUGUCUCUUGAACUAUUUCCAAAGACAAAUAGCAAUUUAUUAUACCGUUCCUGAUUAGUGUAGACAAAAGUUAACGCUUCCUUCUUUCUCGUCACUAUUAAAGCUCUUAUUGUGUUCUACUUGCUUCUGUUCAACUAUUAUCUACUGUAGACCUAUGUCCUUGGCGCUGUUCUGAAUGUGGGCUAGUCAGUAUUGCACAAGGCAGAAUUCCCACUCACGUGGAACUGACACUUAAGUUGAAGAAGAUGGACAGUAAAUAAUGAACACAUUAGCAAGCCAAUGCUAUACAGAAAAUUAAAUCAGUUUUUUCUUUGUGAGUGUAUGUGUGUGUGUGUGUGUGUGUGUGUGUGUGUGUGUGUGUGUGUAAAGAAAACAAGUUCCUAACGCUUAUAUAGAUGAAUCCUAUAGAUUAGAUUAUGGGUGGGUGAAAACCUCCGAGGAUGUAGAUGAUCAAUUACUUGUAAAGUCUGGGAAAUACAAGAGCUAGGCAGUGAAGCUGCUCUUUUAGGGCUUCGUGUGCCGUGGAGAUGUAGGCUGUGUGAGGACUGUGGGAUUCGUUCCCUGUAGAACUGACCUUGGGUCACUGCUCCAAGAAAAUUCCACGAGGCUUUCUUUUCUCUGAUGCCAGUGAUUUGGUAGGAAUUCCCUCUCAUCAGCCCAAGAAUUUUGUAUCUUUCCUGUAGAGAAUUUAUAAAAAGAAGAAGAACCCCAGGGCUGACUUAUCCUACCUUGAAAUGCACAGAGAAGUUCAUGGUUUCUCUGAAUAGCCCUGGCUUCUGGAUGUCCUGUAACUUGAUCUGUAGACCAGGCUGCCCUUGAACUCAUAAGAUCCUCCUGCCUCUCCCUCUUGAGUGCUGGGAUUAAAGGCACUGCGAAGAAUGGAAGAGGACACAGAGGAUGGAAUCAGGUUUAACACCUCGUGUUUCAUCAACAAUCACGUUGGCUUUCAGGGCAGUAUAAAAACCUUGCCCAGUGACUUCAUUGUCAUUGAGAUCGAUGAACAGGGACAGUUAGUCAGCAAGGCUACCGAUGAAUCUCUUUAUGAAAUUAGUAAGAUACAGUCUGAAUGGAGUGAUUUUGUCAAAAAGCCAAAGCUAAAUAUUCAGAAUGUAUCCUUAAGACAUGAAAAUAUUGAAGCAACUGCUGGCUUGCCUGGGUGCUCGGAUGGCAACCAGAUCCAGCCUGGGUGCUCAGAUGGUGACCAGAUCCAGCCUGGGUGCUCAGAUGGAGACCAGAUCCAGCCUGGGUGCUCGGAUGGCGACCCGAUCCAGCCUGGGUGCUCGGAUGGUGACCAGAUCCAGCCUGGGUGCUCAGAUGGAGACCAGAUCCAGCCUGGGUGCUCAGAUGGUGAGCAGAUCCAGCCUGGGUGCUCAGAUGGUGACCAGAUCCAGCCUGGGUGCUCAGAUGGUGACCAGAUUCAGCCUGGGUGCUCAGAUGGUGACCAGAUCCAGCCUGGGUGCUCGGAUGGUGACCAGAUCCAGCCUGGGUGCUUGGAUGGUGACCAGAUCCAGCCUGAGUGCUCCGAUGGUGACCGAUGCCAUCAGCCUGGCUCAGAAAAAGAAAACAUUGUCAAUGGUGUGACUUCUAAAUGUGAAGAAGAAAGUGUUGAUUUAUUAAGUUCACUUUUAGAUGAAAAAACUCACACAUCACUGGGUCAGUUUGCCUGUGACAUCAAAGGGAUGUGGAAUUCACAAACUGAAUUGAUCGAACCAUCUCCUGCAUUGUCCCUAGGCAGGAUCCUUGACAAAAACCAAAGGGCUGUUCUGCACAGUGCCGUCAGGCAGAAAUUCCCUUUUUUGAUAACCGUAGGAAACAGCAGUGAAGUUGUUGUAAAACCGAACCUUGAGUAUAAAGAACUCUGCCGCUUGGUGUCCGAAGAAGAAGCACUUGGCUUUUUCAAAUAUUUGGACGCAAAGAAAGAAAAUUCCAAGUUUACCUUUAAACCAGAUCCAAACAAGGAUCACAGGAAGGCCGUGCACCAUUUCCUCAACAAGAAGUUUGGAAACCUGGUGGAAACCAAGUCUUUUCCUGGGCAGAACCACAGCGCCAGGAACCCAAACACAGCCAUAACCGUGAGAUUCCGGGAAAAAGCAUGGGGAAAGAGAUCUCAUCCGGAAUGCGAGAGAAGAAAAGCUGUGUAUACAGCUUUUACCCUACAAAAGGAAAAUCUGGAGAUGUUCGAAGCAAUUGGUUUUCUAGCCAUGAAACUUGGUGUUAUUCCUUCGGAUUUCAGUUAUGCGGGCCUUAAAGACAAGAGAGCAGUCACCUAUCAAUCAAUGGUUGUUAGAAAAGUGACUCCGGAGAGGUUGAAAAAUAUUGAAGAAGAAAUUAAGAAGAAGAGAAUGAAUGUGUUUAAUAUUCGGUCUGCAGGUGAUUCUCUCAGACUUGGUCAGCUCAAAGGAAAUCACUUUGAAAUUAUCAUCAGAAAUCUAAGAAAUCGAGUAAAUGAUUCUGCAAACCUGAGAGAGAGGAUUUUGGAGGCAAUAGAAAACAUUAAGAAUAAAGGUUUUGUGAAUUACUACGGACCACAGAGAUUCGGGAAAGGCAAGAAAAUCCAAACAGACCGAAUUGGAUUGGCCCUACUGAAGAAUGAAAUGGUGAAGGCCAUAAAAUUAUUUCUUACACCAGAAGACAUGGAUGAUCCUGUCAACAAAGCAAAGAAAUACUUUCUCCAGACUGAGGAUGCUAAAGGCACACUUUCAAUGAUGCCGGAGUUCCGGGUUCGAGAGCGGGCGCUGCUGGAGUCAUUGCAUCGCUUUGGCGUGACGGAGGAAGGCUGCGUCCAGGCCUGGUUCUCCUUUCCGCAUUCCAUGCGCAUCUUCUACAUCCACGCCUACAGCAGCAGGAUUUGGAACGAGGCCGCGUCUUACAGACUGGCAACCUACGGACCCACGGUGGUGGCGGGGGACCUGAUCUGCCUGGAUGGAGAUGCGGACGAGCAUUUCCCAAGCAGUAAAGUUCAUCGGGUGACCAAAGAAGAGGAAUCAGCCAACACAUAUGCCCUGCACCAGGUGGUUCUGCCUGUGCUUGGAUACAACGUUCAGUACCCGGAGAACCAGGUAGGGCGGUGGUACCAAGGAGUCCUCAGCAGGGACGGGCUGCAGGCCUGUAGGUUCAGGGUGCCCGCUCUGAAGCUGAAUGUACCCGGAUGCUACAGGCACAUCGUGAAACACCCCCACAACGUGUCCCACCGACUAGUCCACCCCGACGCCGCGGAGGCGCGAGUGGAAGGUCCCCAUGCGGAUGAUACAGCCUCAGUGCUGUCCUUGUCCUUCGACCUCGACGCUUCGUGUUACGCUACCGUUUGUCUGAGGGAAAUGAUGAAGGGCGACGUUGAAACCCACACCCCGAUGUAGCCGCAUGCCCGGCAUUCGGAAGCAAAGGUUGCGGUCGUUUCUAGGGCUCCACCUGGAGCUUCGCGUUUGCUACGCCUCAGUUUUCACGGUAUCCCGAGAGGCCAGGUUUGAUGUAGUAACGGAAGCAUCAGUGUCUUAAGUUUAAAGCUGUGUGACGUGGUCUCUGAGGUCAUGCUUCAAGAAUUUUUGCUCGGGUCCUGAAAGGUCCAGGUCUUCAGAGCACGUCGCUGAGCACUGGCUGCGGCACAUCACUCUUAGAGAGAUGCGGAGAGAGAACAGCGGCUACGCUGGUAAAAAGGUAAAACCAGGUUGACAGUGAAACCGUGGUGACCAGAGCAUCUUUUCUCCAUCACUGCCGUCCUUUCCGGCGCGAAGUGGCUGGGGUAACACCAUGCAAGGGCGAUAUCUGUUCUCAUAUUUAUGAGAUCAUCUUUGAGGAAGACUGAAAAUUUUAAUUAAAAAUUUAUAUACUAGUUUUUUUUUUACCUGUUCCCCUAACUUUUCGUUGGUUUCUAUCACCUAAAACUCAGAUUUUUAGACUCCUGUCUGUACCCACAUUCUAUUUGGGACACAUACCAAUGACACUGGAUAUGAUAUUGAUUCUUUUUUAAAAUAAAGCUAUUCCUGAUUUCCUGAGUUUUCACAGAA